UAUGGAGAAACAUAACACAAAAUGGUUCAAUAUUGAAUGUGUGCCUCAUUGCUUUAAAUUUCCCCAAGAAGAAAGACCAGGUGAUGCUCCUAUACCUAUAUGCAACAAAAUCCCAGUUAUUGAUCUUGGAAAAUCACAAAAAAAUGAAACAAUUAAGCAACUCUUGCAAGCUGGUCAAGAAUUUGGUUUUUUCCAGGUGAUCAACCAUGGAAUCCCAGAGAACGUGGCGACUCAAACAUUGUCAACCUUUGAAGAGUUUUUCAACAACAUGACCGAUGAAGAAAAAGUACAUGUAGCAAGCAGAAAAGGAUGGAUCUUCACAGGGAGCCAAGAAGAAGUUAAAAAUGGUGUUCAUUUAUGGAGGGAUAAUAUAAAACACCCUUGUCACCCUCUUGAGAAAUGCAUGCAAAGCUGGCCUGAUAAACCAGCUACCUACAGAGAAGUUGUGGGAAGAUAUGUAGCGGAAAUAAGGAUGCUAAGUUUGACAAUUUUGGAGCUAAUAUGUCAAGGAUUAGGAAUUGAAUCAGGCUACUUUAAUGAACAAAGUGAAGUUCAAUUGUUAUCAGCAAAUAAUUAUCCAGCAUGCCCAGAUCCAAGCCUGACUUUAGGCAUACUAAAACAUUUUGAUCCAAGCCUCAUAACAAUAAUAUAUCAAGGCAAUGUGAGUGGACUUCAAGUUUUGGUAGAUGGAAAGUGGAUGUGUGUUGAGGCUGUGCCUAAUGCUUUUGUUGUCAACAUAGGCAAUCAAUUAGAGAUAAUUAGUAACGGUAAGCUAAGAAGUGUGGAGCAUAGAGCAGUAACAAAUUCAAAGGAAGCAAGAACAUCAAUAGCCAUAUUUGUGAAUCCAACUCCCAACAGCAUUGUUGAGCCAGCAAAAGUCCUAUUGAAUGACUCUAAUCCACCUCUCUACAAAUCCAUUCUCUACAAAGAUUUCAUCAAUGCUUCCAAAGCUUUUGGUGCUCAUACUGAUAGGAAACGCCAACCCGAUACUGAUCUUCUCUUUCCAAAGGUAUGGGAUUUUGCCGAAAUCAAAGAAAAAUUGUUACUCGUCGAAGCUGAAUGGAUGGACAAGCUUCCCGGGUCAAAUAUUUCACUUCGAAAGUUGUAUUAUCGAUUCGGACGUGCAAGAGCUUACGAGAAGUUCAAAGAGGAGUUUGUUUCAGAAGAAAAUGGAAGGAAACACGCCCCCUCGCUUUUGCAAUAUGCCUACUUGGGACAAUGA